AUGCCUGCAGGGCCGUCCGGUGUUGUUGUGUUGACCGUCAUCUACGUCCUCAUCUCGCUGUCCGCGAUAAUCAUCGGCGCCCGAAUCUAUCUACGAUUAGCAAUACAAAAGCAGCGCCUCGUAACAGCAGACUGGCUACGAAUAUCAGCAUGGUGCACGGCAUUCGUCGCCAGCUUCUUCGACAUACUCUAUGCGAAAGAAGGCGUUUUGCAUCCCGGGAUCAACUACACUCUGUCUAAUUGGGAUGCCCCGUUGGAGCAGCAGAUCAGAGUCCGAAAGAACUCUGGUGUUCCCUCGAUGUCUACAUCGGUCUCGUCAUCUGCUGCAUCCCAGCUCUUCGACCAUAUCUUCACAGGAAAGGAGUCAACUACAACAUCCAAGAAUCAGGACGCCCUUCGAAGUCUGGUCAUGCGAUACGCCGGACAGGCCAGAGCGGAUUUGAAGAGAUAA